AUGGCCUGGCAAUCCCCGUCUGCCAUGGCUGGAGUCGGAGGAAUGCCCGGAGCGAUGGGUGAUGGGUCUUCCAAUGGCGGACAUCCACAGGGGACGGAAUAUACACUGCAGGGCGUGAUGCGUUUCCUGCAGACCGAAUGGCACCGACAUGAGCGCGACCGCAACGCAUGGGAGAUUGAGCGCGCAGAAAUGAAGUCUCGCAUUGGGCGGUUGGAGGGUGAUUUGCGCACCAGCAAACGUCUACACGAAUCGCUUGGAAAACAUGUUCGGUUGUUGGAAACAGCAUUGAAGAAGGAGAGGGAGAAGUCGAAGAAGCUUUCCAAUAAUGAGAAAGUCGAGGAACCCCAAGAUCCCAAGGAAAUGGCGCGUGAAAGCAUAAGCUACUUGAAAGUGCAACAUCCCAAAUUGCCCUCGGAGCUCGACGCGAACCAGGACCCCGAAAACCCUAGCCAGGAUGAUUUCCGACAGGAUGACGAGCGAGACAAGUCGCGGGUUUAUUUAUCCAAGUGUGCACAGGAGGUCGCCUACCAUGUCAUUCCGACGUCCCACCCUCCGCCAGACCUGAGCGACCCCGAUCUUUCAAGCCAGCUGUAUGGAAAUCAGCAGCUGUCGCAGCAGAAUUUGGAAGAGGCCUAUAUCCAGCAGCAGCGGCAAAAGGCAAAUCAGAUGAUGGCGCGCGAAGUACCGCUUCCAAACCACCAGCCGGUGGUUAGUCACUACGCUGAGAACGCGAGCAUGUCGCGGAAUUUCAACCAGUACGGCCAAUCGUCUGCUCCUCGCGACGCCUUAGACCGACGACUACCAGAGCCGCAACAGACCCCUGCUGCGGCUAUUGAAAAUCGCAAGCAGGCCUAUGAGCAUGGCUUGACUGAUGAUCGUGCCACAAAGCAGGGGUAUGAGUCCCAGGCGCCCCCAGUCCCCCCUAAAGACGACGCGCAGCCGCAGCAAAAGGCCGACAAGAGGGCAGAGGAUGUGGACGGAUGGAACUUUGAUGAGCCUGUGGAACAAGACUCAAGCCUCGAGCCAAUCCCGCCCCAUCGCCCUGAUACGGAUGCAUUCCCCAACGCGAACUUUGUGCGUUCCAAGUCUCCGUCUCGAGGCGGGUCUCUUUCCCAUCGAAGGAAGAGCUCUGGCUCCAGGCGCAAGAGUGACGGCGCGAUUGAUAGCCGGGAUGUUGGCGCUGGUUUCGGGCAGCACCAAGACUCCAAUUUCAAGGUUCGGUUUGCACUCCGUGGGCACUUGGAUGUGAUUCGGUCUGUGAUCUUUACUGGUGGCGGCAGUCCGUCGGAGCCCGAGAUUUGCACAUGCAGCGACGAUGGAACCAUCAAACGAUGGAUUAUCCCUGCGACCUACGGCACUUUUGGAGCCCAUGGCCCCAGCUCGAGCAACGACCUGGAUAUAACGAGCUAUUUCACCCACCGCGGGCAUGUCGGGGCCGUGACCUCGCUGGCGGCCUGCUCGCCAUCACAGAAUAUCUCCAACGGGGGUCGUGUGCUGGGUGACGGAUGGGUAUUCUCCGGUGGCCAAGAUGCCAGCGUGCGGGUUUGGGAGCGCGGUCGUGUUGACCCCAAGGCUACCUUGGACGGACACACCGAUGCGGUAUGGGGACUUUGCGUUCUUCCCGGGACGGCGGGCUCUGUCUUUGGUGACUCGUGUAGCCACUACGGUCCAGCGGAUCGCAUUUUGUUGGCAUCGGGCGCAGCAGAUGGUCGCAUCUUGAUAUGGGCUGUCAGCGCUCCUCCCCAAAUCUUCUCGCCCCAAGCGGGAUCGCGCCGCCAGGGUGGAAGCCGACGCGCAAAUUCCAUAUCCUCCGGAUCCAACUUCCCAUCCUCUCCACAGCCCAGCAUCGCCACCUCUACUCCCUUCCACCACACCCUUGUUCACCAUAUCGUUCGCAGCGACUCCCCCUCUCCUACAUGCAUUAGCCCCCUAUCCCUGGCUGGGGUCAACUUUGUUGUUUCCUAUACAGACGCCUCCAUUCUCGUCUACGACACGAGGACGGGCGAAGAAAUCGUGGGCAUGGCCAGUCUUGAAACGUACGAUGGUACUCCAUCUACUGGCGUCAACUCUGUGGUUGCCACGACCGUCGGCUUUGACGGGACCGCCAAUUUGGACCCCAACCGGACCAUGGCCGAAGAGGAAGUGGUCCACGGCGCCACCGGAUCGAGUAACGUAGAGGGUGUGAUUAUCAGUGGCUACGAGGACCGCUACAUCCGCUUCUUUGAUGCCAACAGUGGCCAAUGCACGUACACCAUGCUGGCUCAUCCUGCCGCCAUCGCCUCGCUCUCAUUGUCUCCAGAUGGGCAUGAGCUUGUCUCAGCGGGCCACGAUGCAAGCCUGCGGUUCUGGAAUCUUGAGAAGCGCAGCUGCACCCAGGAACUGACCAGUCACCGCUUGAUGCGUGGCGAAGGUGUCUGUGCUGUCGUCUGGAGCCGUGACGGGCGCUGGGUCGUCAGCGGCGGCGGAGACGGAGUGGUCAAGGUCUUUUCAAGAUAA